AUGCGCUUCAGAAGCUUACUACAUUCGCCGGCCACCCUCCUGCUCGCGCUGGUGCUGUCAGCCCAGCUCGUACUCGCCUCCGCGGCCAGCAACGCUAGAACCGAUGUCGCGGUGCCAACAGUGGCGGAAGACGACCUCGACGAGUUUCCAUUUCCCGGACCACCGAUCGCAGACGACGAAGACGAAAUCGACUCAGAUCCGUGGUGGAGGUCUGUGACGGGCGACGAAAAGCACACGCUCGAGAAGCGCCGGGGCGGCGGAGGGCGCGGCGGCGGUGGCGGCGGCGGCAGAAGCGGCGGAGGAAGGACCGGUGGAGGAGGCAGCAGUGGAUCCGGCGGUCGCACCAGCUCCACAUCCAAUACCGGCGGGCGCACAACCUCCGGUUCGGGCACGCCCAAGACCUUCGGCGGCGCAUACGGCGGCGGCGCGGCGGUCCCGUAUCGAGCAGGCGGGCGUUCGGGCAGUGGCAUAGCGCCGGCGUUCCUCGGCGGCGCAGCCCUGGGCCUGCUCCCCGGGCUUUGGCUCUUCGGCGCAUACUCGUACCCGUACUCCCGCCACGUGCCGUUCCACAACAACACCUCGGGGCAGAACGAGACGCUGCCCGUGCUCUGUCUGUGUGAGCAGUACAGCGUGUGCGGGUGCGACGAGAAUCAUAACGCAACGUAUACGCAGGCGCUCUACGAUAAUGCUACCGUGCUCCCCGCCGGCCUCGAUAAGCAGUUUGUCAGCGCCGUGGCGGACGUUAACGGUACCAAGACGCUGGUGGUGAAUGGAACCCUGGCGAAUGGAACCACGGCGGAUGGCGGGACGGAUGAUGACAGUGGCGCGGUGGUGCAGGGAAGAAAUUUGGGGACGGUGGUGGUCGUGGGAUUGAUCGUUGCUGCCAUGGCCUACUUGUGA